AUGUGCAGUACCUUUUCAAUGCCGAGUCGGCAUCGGCCCAGUUUGGCGUGGGAUCGAUGCUCGGCCGGGAGCCGACGCGGGGCCGGCCCAAUUAACAACUUAGAGAAGGCAUUUACCCAUACCCAAGCUCAGGCUAGAGACAUGGUCCAAUCUAUAGAUUUCGAUGCUGCGGUUGGCGGCCGUUUCAAGGUCACAGGCUUCCCUGUUAAAUUUAGCAACACCGAAGCCUCAAUUCGGAACAACCCCCCUCUUCUGGGAGAGCAUACAGAUGAUGUGCUUCGAGGACUUGGUUUUUCGAACGAAGAGUUGGCUGACCUGCGACGCGAGAAGGCGAUAUAA